AUGGCCCCGAUGUCGCAGAAGAAGCGCAAGGUGCAAGAUGGAAUGCGAGGCAAAACUGAGCGACCAAAGAAACGAUUCAGAAAGCAGCUCGAAUACCACAGUUCAUCAGAAGAUUCGGAUGGACAAGAGGAGGAUUUCAGCGCUGUCAAUCUCGCCGACUCAGAUGACGACCGUGAGGCGCAAGCGAAUUCAACACAACUGAAGAAACAAAAGAUUCAGGUUGCAAAGACACAAAGGGCGCCUGUCGAGUCAGACAAAGACGACGAAGAAGAUGAUGAUGCAGAGACUGGUUCGGACAGGGACGCGGAGUCAGAUGAAGAGGGCGACAAGGGCCAUACUGUCGCCGGCAAGCGACGACCUACGAGUAAAAGAAAUGACCCAGAAGCCUUUUCAACAUCCAUUUCGAAGAUCUUAUCCACCAAACUAUCGCAAUCGGCACGGAAAGACCCUGUCCUCUCCCGCAGUCGAGAGGCCGCAGAAGCAAGUGCAUCUCUUGCCAACGAACGGUUGGAGAAGAAAGCGAAGGCCAAAUUAAGGUACGAACGCAAGGAAGACCUAGAAAGAGGGCGGAUAAAGGAUGUCCUUGGUCUCAAUUCUGGACAAGCAGGCGAAAUUGCCGAAGAAGAAAAGAGGUUACGGAAAAUCGCCCAGCGUGGUGUCAUCAAGCUCUUCAACGCUGUACGAGCCGCACAAGUCAAGGCUGAGCAGGCAGCCAAGGAAGAGCGGAAAAAGGGAACCGUCGGUAUGGCCAACCGGGAAGAGAAAGUCAAUGAGAUGAGUAAACAAGGUUUUCUGGAACUGAUUGCGGGCAAGAAAACCAAACCGGAUGCCGUUCAAUAG